CAUGUGUGUGCAUCUCUCCAGCUGCUCAUUAAUCAAUAGAGGCCAAUCUCCAAGUGACUGAUCGUUGUUGACUAUUUUUAUCCUUUGUUUUCAUUAUCAAUAUCGUGCUCACUCCUCCCAACUAGACAAAAAUGACAAGUUUAUUCAUUUACACAAUAGCAUAUUUUCUAUUCGUUAGUGGUUUAAUUUAUCCACCCACAGAAUUUGUAUCUGCAGGUUUAACAAUACCAGCCUUAUUUUCCAGUUGGUUAGGAAAUGAAUAUGAUAAUUUUGUGCAGUACCACAUAAAACGGACUAUUGUUACAUUAUUUAUUCACUCAUUGCUGCCUUUUGGCUAUAUCGUGGGACUCAGUCUCUUGGAUCAUAUAGAUUCUGCACAAGUAUUCCUUGGCACUGAGCAUCCACUUUGGUUAACAUUAUCCAUAUGUGCACUCAUCGGACCAAUUUAUGCACUCAAUUUAAUCGUUAAUUGGUCCAAAAAUGGUUUUUCCAAACAUCCAAUUGCCAAAUCAUUGGGGAUCUACUGCACUGAUACAGGAAUCUGGCUUGACAUUGCUGCGGAUGUCAACAGGGAGUACAAGAGUUUCAAUAAACUCCAGAUCCGAACGAAUAGUACAACGAAAAUUGUGGUGACCAAUACGUGGAUUAUAAAAGUGUCAGCCUACAAGCUAGAAAUUGCAAGUCAGAUAAAUUCAGUCUUGGUAACUUACAAUGUCAAUUCUUACUCGACUCCUUCGCCGAGUCACUUUGUUCAUUGCGUUAAGUACAGAAUAGUGACAAGGCAACCACUUGGAAAGAACUUCACCAUUCGAAUCAACAUUAAUGAUGUUGAAAAUUUACUCGAGGAGAUAACAAUGCCAAGGAGGGAUUCAUCUUCGAUCCAAAUACCCCAGACUCUCACAGAAAUUGCAAUUUAUGCGAUUAAGAAAGAAAUUGCGAAAAAUCCCACCUAUAAAACUAACCAGCAACUGGAUCAAUGUGCGGUAUGCAUGCAAGCAAUAUCGAAUGUUAAAUUGAAUCGAAAUUGUCCCGAUAUUCCAGAGAUGGAUGGUAUUCCGGCCUGCAAAACAUGCAAUUGUCCGCCCAUAUUUUGCAUCGACUGUCUCGCAAAAUGGUUUCUUUCGACCUCUCGGCGCAGGGCAAAAACUGCUGCAGAAGUAAAGAGUAGUUGUCCUCAAUGUCGAUCGCCGUUUUGUCUGAAGGACGUUAGUUACGUCAGUUUAGGAUCUCAAAACACUGCUCAAGGGACCCCCACAGAAACUCAAUAACUCUAAUUCCAACUCUCCAAUCAUGUAAAUAAUAAACAUCAUUCCAUAUAUGAUUCUCAGAACUGUCAUUCCUUGUACACAAAAA